AAAACACUCAGCUCUAAAUACAUCAAAUAUAUGUGUUUGUGAAGUGAAAUAUGUAAACACGAUCUCAAAAAUAGCAUUCGCUUUCCAGCAGGAAAGACCCCGUGCAUGAGAUCUCGUGGAAUCGGAGCUGUCACUCAAACCUCGCGAUAUUUGUGUGCUGUUGGCGGUUGACUGAGGGCCCGUCGCUUCUGUACGGCAGAGCUGCUUCUGACAUUUGAAUGAAAAACAUCUUCUUAAAAGCGCAAAACGAUGGCUUCAGCUCUGGAGCAGUUCGUGAAUAACGUGCGGCAACUCUCCGCUCAAGGUCAGAUGACUCAACUGUGUGAGCUGAUCAAUAAAAGCGGCGAGCUUCUGGCCAAGAAUCUCUCCCAUCUGGACACUGUUCUCGGAGCGCUGGACAUCCAGGAACAUUCCCUCGGGGUUCUAGCUGUCCUGUUUGUGAAGUUUUCCAUGCCAAACAUCCCUGAUUUCGAGACCCUGUUUUCCCAAGUCCAGCUCUUCAUCAGCACCUGCAACGGAGAGCACAUCCGAUACGCCACAGACACGUUUGCUGGUCUGUGCCACCAGCUGACAUCUGCCCUCGUAGAAAGAAAACAGCCUUUGCGAGGAAUAAGUAUAAUUAAACAGGCCAUAGACAAGAUGCAGAUGAACACAAACCAGCUUACCUCAGUGCACGCAGACCUGUGUCAGUUAUGUCUAUUAGCGAAGUGCUUCAAACCCGCGGUCCCGUUCCUGGAGUUAGACAUGAUGGAUAUUUGCAAGGAGAACGGAGCGUACGACGCAAAGCACUUUCUGUGUUUUUACUACUACGGAGGCAUGAUCUACACGGGUCUGAAGGACUUCGAACGGGCGCUGUAUUUUUUUGAACAGGCAAUAACCACUCCAGCGAUGGCUGUCAGUCACAUCAUGUUAGAAGCAUACAAGAAGUACAUCCUGGUGUCUCUCAUCCUUCACGGCAAAGUGCAGCAGCUCCCCAAAUACACCUCACAGAUCGUGGGCCGCUUCAUCAAGCCCCUCAGUAACGCUUACCACGAGCUGGCUCAGGUCUACGCCUCCAACAACCCGUCCGAGCUGCGCGCUGUGGUCAGCAGACACGGCGAGACGUUCGUUCGAGAGGAAAAAAGCGGCCUGGUCAAACAGUGCCUGUCCUCGCUCUACAAGAAGAACAUUCAGAGGCUCACCAAGGUCUGAACUACACUAAUGACAUGUUCUGCAUGUGUUACUGUUACUAGAGUAAUGCUCUCCGGCGCUCAAGAAGCCGAGAAAUACGUCCUGCAUAUGAUCGAGGAUGGAGAGAUUUACGCGAGUAUUAACCAGAAAGAUGGCAUGGUCUGUUUCCAUGACAACCCUGAGAAAUACAACAACCCGGCGAUGCUCCACAAAAUCGACCAAGAGAUGCUGAAAUGCAUAGAGGUGGAUGAAAAACUGAAGUCCAUGGAUCAAGAAAUCACUGUAAACCCUCAGUUUGUGCAGAAGAGUAUGGGGAUGCAGGAGGAUGACGUCGGCAGCAAGACGUCGAGCUACUCUUGAGCUGCGCUGUGUGUGGAUCGCUGCUUUGCUCUCGUCCCCUUUCCUCAUCCCUUCAUUAAAGGGCGAAAUCAGUCGGACUAUAUUAGAAGAAAACAUAAAUGUGUGGAAUGACCUUUUUAAUUUUUUUUGGUUCUGUCACAGCGCACCCUAAACAAGAACUUGUUUUUGUCAGUGUUUAUUUAUCAAUGCCACUGCAUCGUUUCUGGUCAUACAAAUAAAGAUACUGGACUUCUUUGUUCAAAAGAGUUGUGGAAA